ACUCUUUAAGCUUAUCGAAAUACCCUUGACAACCAGUGGGACUGAUAAGUUAUAAAUCGUCAUGAAACGUAUACAAAACAAAUCGUCAAGGACAGUACUGUCGUAACCUAUUUUUUACUAUCUGAAUGAGAUGAGUAAUAAAUAAUUCGCUUGUAAUGCUUAUUCUUAAUACACUUACAAUCCUCGUCCAAGUGGUGUUCAUCGUGUUUAUGUCAUUGAUAUCUAUGAAUAUAAUUCGACAUUUUACAAGUGUUACAAAAAUGGUUCUCGUCGCUCCUGCAUUAUUUGUUAACCACGGUGGUGGACCUCUCCCUCUAUUGGGGGACGAGGAACACAUAGGACUCACAAACUUUCUACGAGACGAAGUGAAGAAACAUGUGAAUUUUAAAGACUUAAAAGCGAUUAUUCUCGUGACAGCACACUGGGAGGAAGGAAAAGUAACAAUAUCGUCGAGUAAACAUCACGAUUUGUAUUUCGAUUACUACGGCUUCCCGCCAGAAUCUUACAAGUAUAAAUACGAUGCGCCAGGUAAUCCAGAACUGGCGAAGCAAAUACAAAAAACAUUGUCAGAGUCUGGGAUUGAAGCAAAGUUGGAUCCACACAGAGGUUGGGACCACGGCGUGUUCGUACCUAUGAUGCUGAUGAACCCAGCGGCAAACGUACCGAUUGUACAAAUAUCAGUGCUCUCAAGCCAGGAUCCCAGUGAGCAUUACAAACUUGGUGAAGCAUUAUACAAAUUCCGCAAAGAAGGUAUUGCUAUCAUCGGAUCUGGAAUGUCGUAUCACAACAUGCGUGCGUUUAUGUACGCGCGGAACCAGGACAAUGUUGUAAAUGAAAAGUUUGAUGCGUUUUUGAAUGACGCUUGUACUUCAAGUAAUGAUAAGCGGAGAGAACAGCUGUUGAUGUGGGACGCACAGCCACAGGCGCGGGAGGCGCACCCGCCGAGAGCUGCGGAGCAUUUUAUGCCGUUAAUCGUGAUCGCUGGGGCUGGUGGGAAAGGCCCAGGUGAAAGGAUAUUCAAUUGGGACCUUAGCAAUUGUUUUAGAUUGAGCGGCUUCAUCUGGAAGGAAGAGUAGCUUUUAUUUGUAUUCAUUAAUUUAAAAUAUGGGAUAUAAUGUAUGCUUGAGGAUGUGUUAGUGCCUUUUAAGUGAAAAUAACUCUGAGGUUCAUAAAGUUAAAUUUUGAUUUAAAGUAGUGCACAGGUUUUUUUUUCUGUUUUUACUUUUUUCUUCUUUUUAAUUGGUUUGACAAGUGAUUGAUGAAGCAAUAAAUUUGUUAUACUUGAUUACUAAAAUUUAUUAUAAAUAAAUAUCACAAUUAUUUAUCCCUAGAUUCUUUUGAUGAAGAAAUGCAAACUAAAUUUCAAUAUUUAGUUUAGUUUUAACAAAAUCACUAGAUACUGUAUUUGUUAAUUAAUUUGAAAUUGAUAUUAUGAUGUGUUGCAUUUCUUUAAAAAUAUGUAAAUAUCAAUAUGGGAACUAUGGUUUUUAGAAUACCCAUUAAAAGGCAAUCUGUAUAGUUACUUUUAAUUAAAAUAAAUGAUAAGGGACCAUGAAAUUGUUAUUAGAAUAUUUUUUAUUCAACUUAAUAUACAAUUGUUGGCA